GAACAAUGAACAAAAGGAGUCUUCGAAAGGCCUACUCUGAUGUUUCUUUGGAGAUAAAACGAAAUUUUCGUGAAAAAGACGAGCAAGAACAAGAAGAAGAGCAAAAAGUGAAGCAAGUGAAAUGUGAUUGUUGUGGUAUAGAAGAAGAAUGCACUAUGAAAUACAUAGAAGAGGUUAAAGAAUUGUAUUCAGGUAAAUGGCUUUGUGGUCUUUGCGCCGAAGUAGUCACUGAGAGAUGCCGGAAACAUCCUCCUGAAGCCCUUGGGAUGCAAGAAGCUUUGGAUUGGCACAAAGGAAUUUGUGAGGCCUUCAAUUCUACUACAAGAGUGAACCCUAAACUCGAUUUCACACAAUCAAUGAGAAAGAUUGCUAAACGAAGCAGUCAGAACAGAUCGCCAAAUCUUUCCACGGGUUCCAAAAUUUCUCGAAGUAUCAGUUGUGAUCCAAGGCUCAAGGGUUGA